AAGAUGCAAUUUCCGACUCUCCCUUAACUCCACUGAGUAUUUGGGAAACAACAGCGGGACAGGGCACAGAGAGAGCCAGCAGGACGGGAAUGGGAGCUCCUGGUGAUCUGGGCACUUUCUCCUUCAUGUUACUGACCUGGGAGGAUCCACUUCAGGACAUGGAUCCCAAAGGAGCAAGAGGUACCAGGAAGCACCGCUGAUCUGCACAGACCCCCUGUGCCUGCUGCUGCCCCACAGUGAACAGGGAGCUGCUGAGGAGCUGCAUGGUCCAUCCCUGGAUUCUCCAAGAACUGACUCCCAUCCACUCUGACCACAGCCAGGGAUCACAUCCCACUGCUUGCCCGGAGUCCAUCCAUGGAGGUGACCACCGUGUCCCCAUCUCCUGCCUCACCCACUGAAGGGGACGAUCUCUGUGACACAGAUGUCACCAACGUGGCCAUACACAGUGUGACACUGCUCAUCUGCCUCUGUGGGCUGGCUGGGAAUGCGGCUGUCCUCUGGCUCUUCAGGCUGAAAAGACGUACCUAUAACAUCUUUUACCAGGCUGUCACUGACUUCGUCUUCCUUCUCUUCAUGGUGCCCUCCACCAUCCUCUUCCUGGUGGAGGACCUGUCCUGCACUCCUAUCAUGCCCCUGACGUACAUGAGCUUCAUUUUCCUGCUGUCAGUGUACACCUCCUUCUGGGGGCUGUUCCAGCUGAUGCUCAGCAGAAAUAUGACCAAAAUAUACCUCCUGUGCAUACACUGCUGCAGCUGCCAUCUUCCUCAGUGCCUGUGGUUGGUGGCGAAAACUGUCCACGAUAAGACCUUCUCUGCUCUCUUCAUUUUCUUUCCUGUGGUGUUUUCUCUGUGCUUAUUAAAUGAGCAGGGACUUGCAGGUCUCAUCUACAUGUGCGCCAUCAUCCUGCUCCUCUUUGCUGCCCCCAUGCUCACUUCCUGCACAAUCUACAUCAUCAGGGCCUGGCACGGCUCCAAAAAGCAACAACUCAAGCAGCGACACAUUGUUGUCUGCAUCAUUCUGCUCUUCACUCUCCUCUUCAGCCUCUUCAAUUUCCUGCAGGGGUUCGGUUACAUCUCUGUGUCCACCCACGUUUUUUUCCUGCUCACCUGCAUCCACAGCAGCAUCAAACCCUUCAUCUACUUCUUGGCAGGGAGGUGCUGGAAGAACUGCUCUGGGGGGCCCCUCCGGCUCUCCCUCCAGAGUGUCGUUGUGGAGAAGAAAGAAAACACUGCCAACAGUGAUAAUGCCAACACGGAGAGGAGAGGAGAGGAGAGGAGAGUGAACAGUUUGCUUUUCCUGCUGGAGGAUGUGUCCUGCUCUGCCAUCAUGCCCUUGCAAUACGUGUCACUGGUUUUGCGCCUGCCUCUGGUGUCCUGCAGCCUGUGGCUGUACCUGCUGACAUUCAUCAACAUGAAGAGGUGCAGGUCCAUCCUCUGCCCACUCUGGUACUGCUGCCACCGUCCCCAGCACCUGACAUGGGUGUUUUUUUUCCUGCUCACCUGCAUCCACAGCAGCAUCAAACCCUUCAUCUACUUCUUGAGGAUCUUUGAGGAGCCAGAAGAAAACCCUGCUGGCAUCGAUGAUCCUGCCGUGGAUGCUGCGCUCUGA